CUUACCAGGUCCGAUGAAGCUCCGAGGCGACUCCUCGUAUCCCCACUAUGAUCUGGUGGGGGUGGAGAAUAUGGGUGUGGCCUCUCCAAGUCUGAUUGACAAUUGGCAUAGAACCCCUGGUGGCAAAUUAGGCUCCACCCCUAGCACCCCCACCUGGCCACCAGAGUUUCAGCCCGGUGUUCCAUGGAAAGGUGUUCAGAGCCCCGAGCCUGACCCAAACCCCUACAGCGGAAUGUUGGUGGAGAACACACUCACGGACACUGAACACCAUUUAUUGCAGGAUAACACAGAGCUGAACACCGUACUGCCUUCACCUGCUGCCUGGCCUUACUGUGCCUCGGACCCACACAACUCAGCCCCCAGUUGGCCUCCUGAGCCCAUCGGACACAGGACCAAUCGAAACGGUUCCCAGCUGCCCCGCCCCCCUCCAGGCUUGACCCAUCAGAAGCAGUCUCCGUGGUUAGGGGUGGGGCCUCACCUGCCCAGAGGGUGGAGCUCGGAGAGGCAGAGCCAGGAGUCACCUUUUGGUGCAGUGCAGACUGAACAAGAAUGA